AAAAAAACAAGGGGGACAUUAAAAGAGAGAGAGAGAAGAAGAAGUAGAAGAAAGCCUGUGUUUCUUUUGAAGCGCGCGUACCAACUUGCACAAAAAUGGCAGUGGGCAACCAUCUCCGUCUCUACGCAUCGUCUCGGCCAUGGAAGAAGAUCUUCAACCCUCUAGCGCCGUCUCUGGCGUACUUGUGCCACACCAAGAAAUAUACCCAACAUCGUGACUCGGACGAGAGAGAGAGAGCGCCAUCUACGGCGGAAGAGUUCAGGCGAGUGGCGGAGGACAAGUUGAAGGAGGCGGAGGAGGACAAGUUGAAGGAGGCCGAGCAAGGGGUCGCGAGCCAGGUGUUCAAUAAGACGUACGACGGCACGGAAGAAGCGGUUCCAGGGGGUGGUGACCUCGAAUCGGUCAAGAAGAGGUAUGAGCAACAGGAAGAGAACGCUGACUAGAGCCGGAGAGGGAAGACCCGAGUCUUGUUCCCUAUACUUAAAUGUGGAUCAAGUGGUAUUUUGUUAUUUUAUUUAAAAAGUUUUGGAUGCACUAAGCUCGCUUACUUGUGAUUUUUGUUGUCAAAUCGGUCUUCUGUAGAA